GUUUCAUUUGCGAUAUUUACCAAUUGAUGGAACCCACGAUCCGGAACCAUGCGCUCGCCGUCCACCUCGUCACAUCCAAUAACUCGCCCGAGUUCACUCACCUCAAUUACGCGUUGACUCACUCCUCGGUCAUCGGGCUCGACGCUGAAUGGAAGCCCAACCGCCACGCGUCCACCUUCCCCACCGUCUCCCUCCUCCAAAUCGCCUGCGGACUCGUCAACUCGGACGAGUCGCCGGUUUUUCUACUCGAUCUCCAAGCGAUUCCUCUGCCAUCGGUGUACGAGUUGUUGAGAGGAGUGUUUGUGUCGCCUGAUGUUGUAAAGCUGGGGUUUAGAUUUAAGCAGGAUUUGGUUUAUUUAUCCUCCACCUUUUGUGAGCAAGGCUGCAAUCCUGGUUUUGACAGAGUGGAACCCUUUAUGGACAUUACUGCCGUAUACCACUAUCUACAACCGAAACAACCAGGACGAAGGAUAUCGAAACAGAACAAGAGUUUGGCAACAAUUUGCAACGAAGUUUUAGGCAUUUCACUCUCCAAGGAACUUCAGUGCAGUGACUGGUCCCUGCGUCCUCUAACAGAAGAGCAGAAGAUAUAUGCAGCAGCAGAUGCUCACUGUUUGAUUGAGAUAUUCAAUGUAUUCCAUGCCAAGGUUGUUAGAGAAGGAAAUUCUUCACAGAAUCGGAGUAAGCAUUUGCCCUUUGAUUUUAAUCCUGGUUUGAAGCAGAUAGCUGAGAUAUCAAAUGGGUGUAACAUGGUGACAAGAACCAAAUUUUGUGAAGCUUCAAAUAUGAUCCGCUUAACUAUGCCUGAAUUACAUAGUAGCAUAGAGAUCACUGAGGAGGUAGAUUCCAUGAAGUCAUGUAAAAUUACUGAAAAAGCAGACAGUAGCAUCUUAUGGAUUGGCAAGAAGUACGGUGACAAAAUCUUGUUAAAGGACACUGACAGAAAGCCAAAAACAUCCAAAAAGAAAACUAAAAGGACAUCUGAUGGAUCAGUGUAUAAACAAAAGACCCAUGAAAUUCUGGAAGAUUGGCAAGGCCCUCCUCCAUGGGAUCCAUCCUUGGGAGGUGAUGGAUGCCCCAAGUUUUUGUGUGAUGUGAUGGUUGAAGGCUUGGCCAAGCAUUUGCGUUGUGUUGGGAUUGAUGCUGCAAUACCAUACUCUAAGAAGCCUGAAGCAAGGGAUCUAAUAGACCAAACCCGGAAGGAGAAGAGAGUGCUCUUAACACGGGAUGCCAAGCUUCUGAGACAUGAAUAUUUGAUAAAGAAUCAAAUAUACAGGAUCAAAAGUCUCCUGAAAAAUGACCAGCUACUUGAGGUAAUUGAAACAUUUCAGCUUAAAAUUUCUGAGGGUCAACUCAUGUCGAGAUGUACUAAAUGUAACGGGAGAUUCAUCCAGAAACCUCUAACAACUGAAGAAGCCGUUGAAGCUGCUAAGGGAUUUCAAGUGAUUCCUAGCUGCUUGUUUAACAAAAAUCUGGAAUUUUGGCAGUGUAUGGACUGCAAUCAGCUUUACUGGGAGGGAACCCAGUAUCACAAUGCAGUCCAGAAGUUCAUUGAUGUAUGCAAGCUAAAUGAGCAACCUUAAGGUGAUCAUAUAUGGCAAAUGUCAAGAAAAAGUUGGCGAUGCAGUAGUUCUUGAGGGUAAAAAAUAAUUAUCGCGAUUUUUUUCUCUCUUUACUAUUAUGAUUUAUCCUCCCUGCAAUAUGUUAUCCCAAAAGCGUGCUUCGUUUGAACCCCCCAACCACCACUGGAAAAGAUGUGUAUUAAACAUUACAUGCUUCAACCUGUUGUAAAAUAAUUUUGUUCUGUAUCUUGAACUUGCUGGAGUUUGUGUUUUCUUCCUGUCUCCAGAGUCAUGAGAAGCAAAUCCCAGGUUUUCAAUCUGGUAUUGUAUGCCUCCUCCAUUUCCUUUCCUUAUACAUGUAGCUUGAACAAGAGUGUGACCAA